GACCUCUUAAAAUUCUCGAAACAGUUUAGGACGCGCAUGCCGAUGAAAGCAUUGCCAACCCUGCAAACAUGCCUCUCCAGCCGUUGAACACGACCGCGGGCGGCCACAACCCUUCGCUGCUCUCGCCCUCCGAGUACGACGCCGACGCGAUUUCUAUCCGCAGCGACCAGGACACAGACAGCGACGACGACGAGCGACAAUUGCGCGCGCGCAAUAGCCGCGAGCUGCGGGCACACGACAGGCUAGUCCUAAUGGAGGAGGAAGAGCUGGAUCAGCUGGUGACCGAGACCCGGAGGAAGCAGGAGAGGCAGCGCAGGGGGUCGGGGCUACCGAUACCGAAUCCGUUGCGGUUGCUAACUAGGCGCCUAAGCGACGCUUCGCCCUCGAGAUCGAGAAGUCCGUCUGUCCAGCCGGGCGAGUCAGUGGAAGACCUUGGCAUGGAAAAACGGAGGGCAAGGCGGCAGAGGAGGAAGAUAAAGAGGGACAGGCUACUGGACAAUGCUCAGCAUGGUGAAGAUGGCGAGCUGAUGUACGAAAUGGAGGAGGGCGGUAUGAAGGACGGCAGCUCAACCGGCGAAAGCAGCGACCGAGACGAUAGUGACGAGGUCGAUCGGAAGCACCUCCUGCAUAUCACCGAGUCUAAAUUGAAGCGGAAGCACAACUGUCGCCGCUGGCUGUUGCUUUACGCGAUCAUCGCCGUCGCCUUCGCGAUUCUGGCCCUGCUCGCCUGGAAACUGUCGCUGGAACGCAAGAGUUCACGGCAUAGCCAGAAAUUGGUGAGCAACGGGACCACUAUGUUUGCGCCUACAACCAUCAUCAUCAGUUUGGACGGAUUCAGAGCCGACUUUCUUGACAGGGGGUUGACACCACGACUGAACGCUCUAGUCAAAGAGGGCGUGUCACCCCUGUACAUGCUGCCCUCUUUCCCGAGCGUCACGUUCCCAAAUCACUACACCAUUGCCACGGGGUUGUAUCCCGAGUCGCAUGGUAUUGUGGGCAAUAGUUUCUGGGACCCAGCAUUCGGGGAGGACUUCUCCUACACCGAGGCAUCGCUCAGCAUGGACCCGAAAUGGUGGGGAGGCGAGCCGUUCUGGGUCACAGCGCAGAAACAGGGACUGAAGACAGCCAUACACAUGUGGCCCGGAAGCGAGGCACACAUUCUGAACAUGGAUCCCACGUACUUAGACAAGUAUAACGGGAAGGAGAUGCUCCAUCGGAAGGUUGGCCGGAUUUUCGAAUGGCUGGACAUGCCCGAUGCGGACCGUCCGCAGGUCAUUGCGGCAUAUGUGCCGAAUGUUGAUUCGGAUGGGCACAGGUACGGCCCUAACAGCACCGAAAUCCGGUUCACCAUUCAAAAGGUGGAUAAAAUGCUCGAUAGCAUGUUCAAGGGGUUAGAGGACCGGAACUUGACCGAAAUUGUCAAUGUCAUUGUUGUGUCUGACCACGGCAUGGCGACGACCGAUAUAUCGCGGGUUGUGCAGCUGGAAGAUAUUGUGGACCUGAACAGGAUUGCGCACACGGAAGGCUGGCCCCUCAUCGGUUUAAGGCCCAAGAAUGACGACGACCUUCUCGACAUUCACCAGAGCAUCGUUGAGAAGACUAAGGGAAACCCGAACCUCGAAGUCUAUCUUCGUGAUGUCGAUAUGCCGGAACGCUACCGCUUCUCCAGGAAUGAACGAAUCGCGCCGCUGUGGAUUGUGCCCAAGGCUGGCUGGGCGGUCGUCAAAAUGGACGAGAUGAACGUAAAGGAGUCCCAGGCCAAGAGCGACGUGUACCGGCCCAGAGGCCUCCAUGGCUACGAUCACUUACAUCCCCUGAUGAGGGCCAUCUUCAUCGCACGGGGUCCGGCAUUUCCGCACCAGCCCAACAGCAAGGUCGAGGUCUUCCAAAAUAUCGAGGUCUACAAUAUGCUGUGCGACUCGGUCGGCAUCACUCCAACCCUGAACAACGGAACGCUUCGACUUCCUCUGAAGCCAAUAGGUCUUCACGACGAUGCAUCGACCAGUAAAUUGGAUCCGCCGUCAGAUGCAGUAGAGACACAUUCCAUGCCAAGCCCACCGACGUCCGAGCCAACAAUAGCAAUCUUGGUCAACCCUAUCUCAACAACAAGCGGCCUUGAAGCGCCGACGCCGACUAUUACAGUUGGCGUUGAUCAGCCCGAGGCGCAGCCCCAACCCACCCAACCGCCUUCAAAAGGGGAUGACAGCAGCAGCGACGGUGAUGAAUCCUCUGCCGUUGACAAAGUCGAGUCCUCGGUCAAGGACUUCUGGGAUUGGUUCACAGGAAAGGUGAACAAGUGGUGGGAUAAGGUGACGGGGCACAGCGACGGAGAGAGUGAGGUUGACGAGGACGGGGCCUCACCGGAGUAAACAUCCGGCCGGCCACUGCGUGUUGGAUGUACAGUACUAGGGUUUGGCUGCUGUAAUGGGCGGAGUUUCGUUAUUUGCGGUGUCAUACGGCGUUAGGCGGCCCGUGGUACGUUUUGUCGGAUUUGGCGUUCCGGUGUUUGUCGUGUCGAAUGCCGUGGAGUGUUCAAGGUACACAAUGAUUGUGUUGUCGGGAAGCGACAACAUGCUGUUCAACCGCAUAGUUAUCUACCCACAUAUCGUUAUUGCAGCAGUCAAAGCAUGACUUCCCAGUUGAUUUGAGAUUGGGCAUACAAUUCAGCCCUGGUUUGUUCGUU